UACCUGUUCGUGCUGGAACCGAGAUUAGUUCCUUUAGGAUUUGGACGCAUGGUCUGUUCCUUAUCUUUUAUAAGUCUGUGUCUAAGUCUUAUUGGAUUGUUUGCAUUUGAUGAGAAAAUUGGACCACAGUUGCAGAUGAUUAAGAAAAUGUUCUUUGACCUGCUUUCAUUUUUGGCGAUUCUGUCGGUUUGCGUGAUAACGUAUGCCAUAGCAGCUUAUGCCAACCUAUACCCUGCCUCAAGGAUUGAUGAUGAUCUGGUUUUCAAUCUACUCCGCAUCCCGUAUUGGAAUCUGUAUGGGGAACUGAAUCUGAAUAUCCUUGAACUGAAAGAGCCAGACUGUACAUUCGACCGAUUCCUCUACGAGAAUGGUACCCUUCCGCGUUGUCCCACGGCGAUCGGAACUUACUUAGUACCUUUACUAAUGGGAAUAUAUAUGAUGUUUGCAAGCAUCUUACUGCUAAAUCUGCUCAUCGCAAUGUUUAGUAACUCGUAUGCAAAAGUACAAGCUGAAACACACCUGCACUGGUGCUAUCAGCGAUUCACACUCAUCCACGAAUGCUCUAGACGUCCUCCAUUUGCUUUGCCGUUUAAUCUGACGUCAAAACUGUUUAAAAAGAUUUGCUGCUUCUGGCUCUGCAAGAAAUGUCGAAGAAACAGGCAGGAUGAGUAUAAGGAAAACACCCGCACUUAUCCAGUGAAUGACAAGAAAUACAACUAUCUGGUUUUGUGGGAGAAGGCGGUGGCAAAUGAAUACAUGCAUGGAAUCCACAAUUUGUCUUAAUUGUCAAAGGGACAUCAAUACACCAGUUGUAUACAAACAGACUUAUUUAGCUAUAACGUGUGACAAUCACAAUCAUAUUAUUUCGUCAUUGCGAUAGCAUUCUUUUCCUACAAUCAAUUAUUUGUUUUACGUAAAAACUCAUAUUUUU